CAGUGUUUCUCCGACAAAAGGAAAUAAGAUCAAGAUGGCGGUGGUUAACGCGGCAGUAAUUUGGCUGAUAAUAGCGGCUGUUGUGGGGAUAAUUUUACUCAUAGCUACUUUUGUGGCGAACAGAAACAAGAAGAAAAAUAAGAAAGGUACAUCUAGACAACCAGACCGAGUAGACAAUGUUAGGGAAGUUAGUGGAGCAAGGAGACGUGGAAGAACAGCUCAUUCACUGAUGACAUCCAGAAGGGUGCAUGAUGAUGAUGAUGAAGAUGAUGACGAUUAUGAAGGGACAGAAAGUUACUCCAUGGGGCUUGAUGAUCAGAUGCCUGUGGGAAAAAUUGGAGCAAAAAAACAAAGGAAACUUGAGAUGAAAGAGGAGAAGAGACAACUCAGAGAGCAAAUGGAGGCUGAGAGAGAAGACAAAAAGCAACGGGAAGCAUUACGUGAUGAAGAAAGGAAGAGACAAGAAGCAAGAAGGAGAAAAGAAGAAGAACGACUGGAAGAAGAGGAACGCAAGAGAAAGGAGGAACAAGAACGGAAAGAACAUGAAGAAUAUCUGUUGUUAAAAGAACAGUUUACAGUGGAAGAGGAAGGUGUUGGUGAGACAGCAGAAGAAUCUGAAGCACUUCUGGAAGAAUUUGUGAACUACAUAAAGACUAACAAAGUGGUGUUGUUGGAGGAGCUAGCUUGUCAGUUUGGUCUUCGCACUCAAGAUGCUAUUGACCGACUACAAGCUUUACAGGAAAUGGAAAGGAUAACAGGAGUGACAGAUGAUCGGGGGAAAUUCAUUUACAUAUCCCCUGAAGAAUUGCAAGCUGUAGCUAAGUUCAUCAAGCAACGCGGAAGAGUGACGAUCAGUGAACUUGCAGAAAGCAGCAACACACUUAUCAAUCUACAGACAGAUAAGUCUCACACAGAUUCUACACCAUUGGCUCAAGUAACAGCAUAAGAUUAUCCCUUUGACACUAAGAGUGACGGGCAAUUUCUCCUCACAAUAUCACCCUGAAUCAAACAUUAAGGUCAGGAGAAUACAGGAAAUGAUCACCAACUAAAGAUGCAUUUGAUUGUUAGAAAAAUUCUCCUUGUAAGCACCUAAGGAAAUGGAGAAUAUGCAUACUUAUGUAAAGGUUAAGCAAGUAUUGUGACAACCUUGACUGAUAACAAAGUUUUGAGAUAUUUAUUUUUCAUUGUGAAAAUGUCCAUGAUGCUAGUUUGUUAUACACUGUUUCAUUUUCCCUCUACUCAUUUCACUGCACUUUUCAGUUUAAUUUAAAAACUUCUUUGACAUUGAGAUUAACAUUAAACAUGUAAAACUGUGUUUAGUGUUUAUCUGAACUUUAAAAAAAGUUUUUAAAUCAAACUGUUUAGAGGUGUGGAAUGAGGCAAAGGAAAG